AUGAAUUUGAUAUCUACCGGCAAACUCGAUGAUGAAGGGUUUUGUAACACUUUUCGAGACGGAAAGUGGAAACUCACGAAAGGAUCCUUGAUUGUGGCGAGAGGGCAGAAGUAUACUUCAUUGUACGUGAUGAACGUGAAGAUUACAGAUCCUAUGAUCAAUGCGGUAGAUGAUGAACGCAUUGUGGAACUUUGGCACAACCGACUUAGCCACAUAAGUGAGAAGGGCUUGACAGUGUUAGCCAAGAAGAAUCUCUUCCUAGGUGUGAGAACAGGAAGACUUUGCCGAAAGAGAAGCUUGAAGUAUGUCGGCGAAGAGCGGGCUUGUUGGAGCCCACCACUUGAUCCGGAAGGGGAGUUUGUUGAGUCCGACCCGAUUAUGGUGGGCUUGGACUAA